UGCCUGCUCUGCCAGCUGGACACCACACAAGCAAGCUUACUUAACUCCUUGCUGGGCGUACCAGCCGAGUGCGUCCAUCAGAGUGGCGUCUGGCCAUGUAAGUUGUCGUUCUCCUGCUGGUUGCAGGGCGGAAAGCAUGCCAAGGGCUGUGGCAGCAACAAGUGGCUCUUCUCCUGCUGCAUAAGUGAGCCGCAACAUGCGUCGCCAUUGGACAAUUUUGUUGGCAGUGCUUUCAACGAGUAUGGCAAGCUAAAGCUGAGCCUCAACAGUUUACCAAAGCGCGUCAUGUUGCGCCGUCGCGAUGACAAUGAGUUGUUUGCUAAGCCGGAAUGCGGACUGUCACGUACACAGCAGAAUACGCUGCAAAAGCGCAUCAUUGGCGGCCGGCCGGCUCAAUUCGCGGAGUAUCCUUGGCAAGCGCACAUUCGAAUUGCCGAGUACCAAUGCGGCGGCGUGCUCAUAUCAGCGAACAUGGUCGCCACGGCUGCUCAUUGCAUUCAGCAGGCGCGCCUCCAGGACAUCACAGUGUAUCUGGGAGAACUCGAUACGCAGAACUUGGGCCACAUUCACGAACCACUGCCAGUGGAAAAGCACAGUGUGCUGCAAAAGAUUAUUCACCCGCGCUUCCAGUUUCGCAUGACACAGCCAGAUCGCUAUGACUUGGCUCUCCUCAAACUAGCCAGACCAACGAGCUUUAGCGAACACAUUUUGCCGAUAUGCUUGCCUCAAUAUCCCAUUCGAUUGGUUGGACGCAAGGGUCUGAUAGCUGGGUGGGGCAAGACAGAGGCCCAUCAGGGACACGCUGGUACCAAUAUGCUCCAGGUAGCCAGUGUGCCAAUCAUAUCCACCUUAGACUGCAUCCGUUGGCACGAAAGCAAGCAGAUCAAUGUGGAAAUUUUCUUGGCAGAUCAUUUCUGUGCGGGCCACUCGGAUGGCCAUCAGGAUGCGUGCUUGGGGGACUCGGGCGGCCCGCUGGUGAUCAAGGAGCGCGGUCGGUUCGUACUCGUGGGAAUAACCAGCGCCGGCUUCGGCUGUGGAGUCGACCAUCAGCCGGGCAUCUAUCACAAUAUACAAAAGACUGUCAAAUGGAUACAGGACGUGGUGGCACACAACGAGCUGCAAUUAUAG